UCUGUUUCUGCAAAUAAAAAAGGCGCGCAAUCCGACACGCAGUGUUCUGCAGCAGGUCAUCUGAGGGGGUCGAGUGAAGUCUGCCACCUGCAAUGAUAAUCGCCCGCCGGAAAGUCAUCCGCCUUCUUCUCGGCCUUCGGCAGUUCUCCUCGUCGCCGGCCUUCCAGUGCUUCAAUGCUCCUCCGCCCAUUCCUCAGAGGCGGGUCGUCGUUACUGGGCUAGGCAUGGUAACUCCGCUUGGCUGUGGGGUUGAGACCUCAUGGAAACGAUUGAUCAAUGGAGAAUGCGGGAUCCGGGUGCUGUCACCGGAGGAUCUCAAGAUGAACGAUUUCGAUCAGGACACCCUUUCUCAGACGUUCCAACAGUUGACAUCCAAGGUUGCUGCCGUUGUUCCUACGGGUUCUGCAGACGGUGAAUUCAAUGAAAAAUUGUGGAUCCAUUCCAGGGACCAGAGAUCCAUUGCAAGGUUUAUAGCCUAUGCACUUUGUUGUGCUGAUGAGGCACUGAAAGAUGCAAAUUGGUUACCAGAGGAGCGGAAAGAAAAACAAAGGACGGGCGUUUCAAUAGGUGGGGGUAUUGGAAGCAUCAGUGAUAUUCUCGAUGCAGCAAAGUUGAUAUGUGAAAAGCGUCUUCGUCGGCUUAGUCCAUUUUUCAUUCCUCGCAUAUUGAUUAACAUGGCAGCGGGACAUGUGAGCAUGAAAUAUGGACUGCAGGGUCCAAAUCAUGCUUCGGUUACAGCUUGUGCUACUGGUGCACACUCAAUUGGGGAUGCUGCGAGGAUGAUUCAUUUUGGUGAUGCCGAUGUUAUGAUUGCUGGAGGAACUGAGUCCACUAUAGAUGCUCUGUCAAUAGCUGGAUUUUGCAGAUCGAGAGCAUUGGCAACAAAGUAUAACAUGCUUCCACAAGAGGCGUCACGACCUUUUGAUAGUGGUCGAGAUGGGUUUGUGAUUGGUGAAGGUUGUGGUCUCAUGGUUCUAGAGGAACUGACACAUGCAACAGAACGGGGGGCAAAAAUUUAUGCGGAACUUCGAGGCUAUGGAAUGUCAGGUGAUGCACAUCAUAUAACACAGCCACCUGACAAUGGGGAAGGUGCUAUAUUGUCCAUGCAGCGUGCACUAGAGCAGUCAGGAAUCCAUGCAGAUCAAGUGGAUUAUGUGAAUGCCCAUGCCACGUCGACUCCAUUGGGGGACCUGAUAGAAGCCAAGGCAAUCAAAGCUGUGUUUUCAGACCAUGCGUCAUCGGGUGCUUUAGCUUUCUCUUCAACAAAGGGAGCUACUGGCCAUCUGCUUGGAGCCGCUGGAGCUGUGGAAGCCAUUUUUACAGUACUUGCAAUGCAUCAUGGGGUUGCUCCACUGAAUCUCAAUCUUGUUGAUGCUGAUGCAAUUUUUUAUGAUGGUUUCAUGCCCCUUGGUAGCUCCAAGAAGAUGCCGAUAAGAUCUGCUCUCUCAAAUUCAUUUGGCUUUGGUGGAACUAACACGAGUUUGCUCUUCACAUGUCCGGACUAGGUUAAGAAAACCUGAGGUCUGAUUGUUGUGGUAGAAUCGCCAUUCUAAUCCGACAGAUAUAAGUAGUAUUUCGAGAGCUUUCCAGCUGUUAUUUCUUUAAUUAACAAAGGCCUCUGUUCUAAACGCUUGAAGGUACUCCAGUUUAUUACUUUUUCCUGGAGCUGAACUGUUGGCCUCGAGAGCCCUGGAGAGUCAUUGCUCUGAUUUCUCCCUGCGGCGGAUUAAGUUGCAUCUUUCCGACGGACACUUGCUGAUGCUUUUGUGAAGUUGAGGGAUUUUGGUUUCAGAUUUCUCAAGAUUGUUGUCCACAUUACUGGUGCCUAGCACGCAUAAUGCAAAGUCUAAAAUUAAUGGCCGAGCACUGUGAAAUAUGUAGUUCUCGGGGAGACAAGACUGCGCCUUGAAGUGUUUGAAGUCGAUUGUUCAGAGGGUUUUGGUCGAAGACUUACUGAAACUGGGUGGUCCAUGGCAGUGGGCCUCGUGAAUGCAAAAUUUUUGAAAUUCAACAGCUAGACAGCCAUAUAUGUUUUUGUGUGGAUGUGAGCGGCUCUUGCCCUAUUGAAGCAUGGUUGUAGAAAAACAGAAAAACACAACGAAGCAAUUAAUGAAAGCACAAAUUUUCUUGCCUUGUAGAGAAGGAGAGCUACCAAAAAAAAAAACAAAAACCAAAGCUAAGGAUCAGAUUGAGCAGCAGGGGCGGUCUUGUGUUGACAACAUUCUUCCCAGACUA